AUCUCACUCUAACAUAUUUCCUUUCCAGCAGGUUCUCGUGUCCUAUAUCCUGGAGUUCGCAUAUUUGUCGGCUCAAUGCCUAUUUCUACUAUAUGAAUCUAACCAAUUGCUAUCCUAAUGUCCACGACUUAGUACCUCUAUCCACUCGCUUCCGGCUCCUCCGAUGAAAUAUCAACCAUUAUUCCUGAGCUUAAUGUCUGUGUUUUCUGUGGAAGAUGAGUGAGAACUAUACACCAGGGGCUGAUGCCCUACCUGUACCACCAUAUACGACAGUAAUCUUAGUGUGUAACGCCGUGCUCCCCCAAUAUCGUGUUUACUCACGUGCUGACGUAUGUGUCAUCCAGUCUCAACGAGAUUUGGGAUUGAGAGUCCCAAUCAACUUCGUUACAGAUCCUGGGGUAUCUUUGAGAGCCGCUUGCUUCUCCGACAAUAAAUACGAAGAUGAUAAUGCUGGAAUCUGUGUGUCCAAUCUCCUCGCUGCUGGGUUCCGGAGCUUCGAGCUUGACCUUUAUUGGGAUCAAGGACGUGGUGUUUGGUCUUUCUGUCCGGUUUCCAUUCCGACUUGGAUUCAAGAUGUCAACCCGUCAUCGACCGUGACGGUAUUCCCAGGUUCUUCUUCAGCAUUAAAUCUUUCCCAAUCAACGAGCCCGGCUACCGCAUCCAACUUAUCUGAGUUAACAAGUCGAGCAACACUUUCAGCACAAAGUUCUGCUUCGCGUAGUCCUAAUUUACUCGCUAGACAGCAGGCUACGACUGCACCGACUCUUACCAACCCAUCUCCGGCGACUUCAGUGGAUAGUACUCUCGGCCAACUCCUUCCCAGCAUUUCAGCCAUCCCAGACACCCCAAACAGCCCAUUGGUAGCAAUCGGACCAUAUGUCUGCACCACAUCCAUCAAUCUUUCAGCAUUCACUUCUCUACUUCUCGACUAUAUCCAAAAGUCAGAGAACACCUUAGGUGCUCAUCUUAUCUACCUAAUACUAAAUCUCCACGCCGCAGCGUCAGAACAAGAUCCUGAUGCCCCUGCUCCUCAGCCAUCACGCCUACCUCUUGGGCUUGACCUCCUAGGAAACCAAUUUGCAGGAAAUCUAACAGAAUAUAUAUACACCGAGUCUGAGUUACUUUCUGAUAGAAGGAACCUCAACGACUCAUGGUACAAUAUUCAAAAUGAGCUUUACAGACCAGUGGAAGGUUACUACGAGAUGACUCGUACACCUAAUGGGAUUCUCACAACAGAAGAUGGAUGGCCGUCAGAAGCGUACAUUGAGUUCGCAAACAGCAAGAGAUUGCUGAUAGGAUGGGGAACCAUUGAUCCUCAAAUGGAGGGAUAUAAUUUCACUGGAGAUUCUGGGACGAUAUUCACCGAAGGUUUCAUCCAAGAGCUUCAGACGGAGGUUAGGGCGACUGAUGACGGAGCGCUUACGAAUGGCUGCUUCAUGAACAACAGCACCGAUGAGCUGGCGCAAGCUAAUUCUUCAUGGGCAGUUCAGAGUAGUCUAUCGAGUUUUGAGUAUCCGACUGCAUCUUCAGCUGACCUCACCCCCCUCCUAAACCUCACCACUUCCCUCACAAACUGCGGCAUCUCCCCCCACCUGAAUAAUACCCUCCUCUCCGUCUCCGCUCACCAAAACUCCACCCCCUAUACCCUCUUCUCCCACUCCACAAUCUGGUCCUGGGCCCCCAACUCCCCCCAAAACGCCUCCACCACGCCCACCUCCCCCUCUUCCACCUCCCAAAUCUUCCGCUGCGCAAUAUCCACCCUCACCAGUCCCGAAAACCCCUAUCCCGGCCGCUGGAUCGUCGACGACUGUUCCGCCCGACGCUACGCCGCUUGUCGCCGUCGCAACAAACCGUAUACAUGGACGCUUGCCGACGUCGCUGUGAGCUACAGUUUUGCGGACGAGAAUUGUCCUGAGGAGUACGAAUUUGCGGCGCCGAGGACGGCGCUGGAGAAUGCGUAUUUGACUGUGGCGAUGAGGAGGAGUGGGAGGGACUUUGAUGGGCAUGGGGCGUGGGUGGAUUUCAAUAGUCUUGACGUGGAGGGGUGUUGGACUACCGGGGGACCGAACGCGACGUGUCCGUAUAAGGAGGCGGUGGGGAAGGAGAAUGAGUUGAAUAGGAGGGAGAUUUUGGUCCCAACCAUAGCCGCUAUAAUCGUGCUCAUCACGUUCGGGCUCACGAUAUUCGUCAAAUGUGUCGGGAACAGGAGUUCCAAACGCCGUGUUAGGCGGAGGACGAAGACGGCGGGGAAUGGGUUUGUGUAUGAGGGUGUGCCGUCUUGA